AUGGUUGACGACGGAGGAGAAUACGGUGGUGGCGACAAGGACACCAAGAAGAAAAGUACCGGUAUAAGGCUGAAGUCUCUCCCUCCUCCUGGACCUUCAUCCCCCACCAGCAGCUGGAAGAGCAACGGGGACGGGGACCCCAAGAGCGGAACCGCCGGAGACUUGGAAACGUACGUUGCCAUCAAGAACAACUUGAAUGGGGACUGUCGUCUGGUCAGAGGUAGCCUUUCCUCCAUCACUGGUCGACACACUCUUGGGUCAGAUCUAGCUGAGCAGCAGAGGCUGAUCUCCGAGGCAGACGCCGGUGCUAACAAGGAGAGUUACCCCGGAGGAGAGACUGGUCUGAGGGGCGAGCAGGGAGCGCAGGGUGCCGGUGGUCGCGGUGCUGGCGCACAUCGCCGAUCGUCCGUCUUCGAUCAGUCCACUUUCAUCAACUUAGAAGGAACCGAACCGAUCAUGCCAGACGAAGCAGAGCAGUUGUACCGGGUGGGCUUCAUGCACCGGCAGUUCGGGGCGAUGCUUCAACCGGGAGUCAACAAGUUCUCUCUGAGAAUGUUGGGGAGCGAGAGGGCGGUGGAGCACGAGAGAGAACGGGUCAAGUCUGCAGGAUUCUGGAUCAUUCACCCAUACAGUGAUUUUAGGUUCUACUGGGAUCUGAUAAUGCUGUUCCUCAUGGUGGGGAACCUCAUCAUCAUCCCUGUGGGCAUCACCUUCUUCAAGGACGAGCACACUCCGCCCUGGAUUGUCUUUAACGUCAUCUCAGACACCUUGUUCCUCAUCGACCUGGUCCUCAACUUCCGGACGGGUAUAGUCAAAGAGGACAACACAGAGAUCAUCCUGGACCCACAGACCAUCAAGAUCAAGUAUCUGAAGAGCUGGUUCGUGGUGGACUUCAUCUCAUCCAUACCAGUAGAUUACAUCUUCCUCGUCGUGGAGACCAGGAUCGACUCAGACUUCUACAAGACGGCCCGGGCGCUGAGGAUCGUGCGCUUUACAAAGAUCUUGAGUUUGUUGAGGCUGCUGAGGCUGUCCAGGCUCAUCAGAUAUAUACACCAGUGGGAGGAGGUUUUCCAUAUGACCUAUGAUUUGGCUAGUGCGAUGGUGAGGAUCGUGAACCUGAUUGCUAUGAUGCUGCUGCUGUGUCACUGGGAUGGAUGUCUGCAGUUCCUGGUUCCCAUGCUGCAGGAGUUCCCCUCUGACUGCUGGGUCACCAGAAACAAGAUGGUGAAUGACACGUGGGGCCAGCAGUAUUCCUACGCCCUGUUCAAGGCUAUGAGCCACAUGCUGUGUAUUGGGUACGGUAUGCACCCUCCCGUGGGCCUGGCGGACGUGUGGCUCACCAUCCUCAGCAUGAUCGUGGGCGCCACCUGCUAUGCCAUGUUCGUAGGCCAUGCUACCGCUCUGAUCCAGUCACUGGACUCGUCCCGACGGCAGUACCAGGAGAAGUAUAAACAGGUGGAGCAGUACAUGUCUUUCCACAAGCUUCCUGCCGGCAUGCGGCAGAGGAUCCAUGACUACUACGAACAUCGCUUCCAGGGCAAGAUGUUUGACGAAGAGAGCAUUCUGGGGGAGCUGAACGAACCGCUCAGAGAGGAGAUCGUCAACUUCAACUGUCGUAAGCUGGUGGCUUCGAUGCCUCUGUUCGCCAACGCCGACCCCAACUUUGUGACGUCAGUGCUGACCAAGCUGCGCUUUGAGGUGUUCCAGCCCACGGAUAGUGUGGUUAUGGAGGGCGCCGUCGGCAGAAAGAUGUACUUCAUCCAACACGGGGUGGUCUGCGUCAUCACCAAGGGCACCAAGGAGACCAAGCUGUCUGACGGGUCCUACUUUGGAGAGAUCUGCCUGCUGACUCGAGGCAGAAGAACGGCCAGUGUUCGUGCGGAGACGUACUGCCGUCUGUACUCCCUGUCUGUGGACAACUUCAACGAGGUCCUGGAGGAGUACCCCGUGAUGAGACGGGCCUUGGAGACCGUGGCUCUGGACCGGCUGGACCGCAUAGGAAAGAGGAACUCUGUGCUCCAACACAAAGUCACCCAGAACUCAGGAGCUGGGAACCUCCUGGAGAACGAGAUCAUCCAGAGGAUCGUACAGCACGACCGGGACAUGGCCAUCCAGAGCAACAUCUCUCCCCUGUACCUGGAUCCCCCAUCCCCCACCUCCACCCCGGGGGUCAUCUGGGCUCCCUUGGUCCAGGGCCCCCUCCAGGCUGCUGCAGCCACCACCUCCCUGGCUCUGGCCUACUCCCACUCCCAGCUCCACGCCCAGCUCCCUCCGGUCCUCUUCCACCGUCCUGUCUCUGUCUCCGGGUCAUUCAAGGAUCCUAGAGGUCACCGUCUGCAGAGGGGCGUGUUUGUGGGCGUGUCCAGUGGCUGUGGCUCCGGGGCUGCAUCCCCGGCCGGUUCUGUGAAGUUCCGUUCUGGAGUGGACACUCCGAUAUUAGCCUCGCUCCGGGCGCAGCAUCUAGUCUCCACCGCCUCCUCCAUGUCUCCUCUGUCACCUAUGACCUCCAUGUACCAGCCAACCUCCUCCAUCAUCUCCACCAACUUCCAGGCCCAGCCCAGCAGUGCCUCUCUCUUCCCCCUGGGCCAGGCCUCCAUCCGGGGGUAUCCACCCUCCUCCUCCUCCUGCAUGGCCCAGCACCACCCCCACCACCCCUACGGCCCACCAGGGACCCACCAGCAGGGGGCAUCAGGGAGGCUGAGAUUCCCAGCCCACUCAGCCCCUUCUGGUUCCACCCUAAGCCCUCUCAUCUGUAGCUCUGUCAGCCAUCUCCUGAACCAGCUACAGAACUCUUAUUCUCACACUGCCAGCGCUCAGCAGCACGUCCAGAUGGGACCUGGUCAUCAGGAGAGAGCAGGCCACCUCCUCCUCCCCCACUCCCGCUGCCCCUACACCACCACCGGCCCUAGCAACCCCACCCAACACCACAGCUCCAGUGGGUUUCUGUCUAUGUCUAUCCCAGAGCAGGCCGGCGUUGGAGGUGUUGGAGGCCCAUCCUCCCUGGUGCAUCACAGUCCGGCAGGCCUCCACCCCGGCCUCCUCCCACAGGUUCUCCCGGAGCACCCUGCCCAUUCUUCCCACUCUGCCCUGGCCUCGCUGGCCCAGUACGGGUCAGGGGAUGUCUCCCCGUCCUGCACCCCACCGCUGACACACAGCCCCACCGUCCAGAGUCCGCUGACAGGCAGGACGGUGCUUUACCAUCGUCACCACAGCCAGCUCCAUAGCCAACCCUCCAGCGCCAUAGGCUCUCACAGCUCCCUCACCUCACAGACAUCUUGCCCUCCCCAGGUAGAUGGGAGAGGGCAGAGGGCAGAGUCCCUGGUGGAUCUCUUCACGCAGGAUGUCAGGACUAUCUCCACUGUUUCCACCUCGGGCUCACGCAGCUAUCUGCCCCAAGAAGGCAGUAAUAAACUCGACAGCCCCAUCCCAGGGCACGCCACCCCUCUGAGUCACUACACUCCCAUGGGAUCUGAACCUCCAACUCCCAUGAGCCAAGGAGCACCGACCUCUUCGCAUCCCAACCCCAGUCGCCCUGCUACCCCGGCCAAGACCUCCGGGGCAGAGUACACAGUCUCCGAACUCCCCUCCAACCUGUGA